GCAUGGGCAUCGGGGGAGGGCUCUACUUUAUAAUAUAUAAUGCUUCCACAGGGAUGGUGGAAACGAUAGAUGCGAGGGAGACAGCGCCCAUGAAUGCCACUGAAGACAUGUUUGGCAACAACACUAAACUCUCGCGCACAGGCGGAUUAUCCAUAGCCAUCCCAGGGGAGAUCCGAGGUUACGAGAUGGCACACAAACGGCAUGGCAGGCUUCCCUGGAGGGAGCUGUUUGAGCCCAGCAUCGCUCUGGCUCGUGACGGUUUCCCCAUCGGGAAGGCUCUGGCUCAUGCCAUCUUCAAGAGCAGAGAAUCCAUUCAAGGAGACGCCAACAUGUGUGAGGUGUUCUGUGAUUCUGAAAAGAGAAUCCUGAAGGAAAAUGAUAUUGUUAAAUUCCCAAAGCUGGCUGAGACGUAUCAGAGGAUAGCGGACGAGGGGCCUGAUGUGUUUUAUAACGGGACCAUGGCACAGAGCAUCGUCGAGGACAUCCAGGCGGCAGGUGGCAUCGUCACGCUCGAUGACUUGCUGGAGUACCAGCCUGUGCUGAACGAGAACCCGCUGAAGCUGAACGUUGGGGAAUACACCAUCCACGUUCCAGACGCCCCCUCCAGCGGGCCCGUGCUGGCACUCAUCCUCAACAUAGUGGACGGGUACAACUUCACGGACACAAGUGUCUCAACGGCCGAGAAAAAAACCCUGACCUACCAUCGCAUCGUGGAGGCUUUUCGCUUCGCCUACGCCAAGAGAAGCAGACUGGGCGACCCCCGGUACCUCAACAUCACUGAUCUGAUCCACAACAUGACCUCAGACUACUUUGCUGACGGCAUACGGAGUAAAAUUACGGAUGACACAACCCACCCAGAUAACUACUAUGAGCCAGAGUAUUUUGUUCCAGAAAACCACGGCACAGCUCACCUGUCUGUCAUAGCCGAGGACGGAAGUGCCGUCGCUGCCACCAGCACCAUUAAUCUAUACUUUGGGUCUAAAGUCAUGUCUCGGUCCACGGGAAUCAUUUUCAACGAUGAAAUGGACGACUUCAGCUCUCCGUACAUGACCAAUGGAUUUGGGAUCCCGCCGUCACCCAACAACUUCAUACAGCCAGGUAAGAGACCUCUGUCCUCAAUGUGUCCAACAAUCAUCUUUGACAAAGACAACAGAGUGAAGAUGGUCGUAGGAGCAUCUGGAGGCACAAAAAUCACCACGGCUACUGCUCUGGUGAGUAUGAUUCAGCCGCUCUCGUCUCCUGUGGAUUCCCACUCUGCGUCCUGCAAAACUUAUGGAACGUGUUGGUGGCAACAGGUUAUCCUCAACUCCCUUUUCUUCAACUAUGACCUAAAAAAAGCUGUGAUGGAGCCGCGGGUUCACAAUCAGCUCAACCCCAACAUGACGGUGGUGGAGCAGGGCUUCGAAAAGAGCGUCCUGGAGGGGCUGGAACAGAAGAACCAUGUGACCCAAACACUGGGGACUCCAGACUCCGUGGUCCAGGCCGUGGUUCGGCAAGGAGAGCGUCUCUGCGCAGAGUCCGACCCCCGGAAAGGAGGCUAUCCAGCCGGAUACUGAGCCUGUCCGGUUUCCCUCAGUGAUCAGUUUCCGCAUAGACUCUGACAGAAACAGGAAACUUUCGGAAACUGCACCGAGGAAUGAAGCUAUGUUUACACUACAGAGACGCCUCUCCUCCGCUGCCGAAACAUGGGGACUGACUCGGUCCUAAGACCUGUUUUUCGGGAAAAACUUCUUCUUAUAUAAAUUAUUUUUUUGUGUGUUUUAAGGUAAAGUAAGAUGUCGUGGCUAGUAUAACUCUUGGAUGCUGGUCAGGAAAAGACAUGUUAGGGGUUUAAGCAGAAGCCAAAGGUUCCAACUGGAUCUAUUUUAGGCGGAUAAUCACUUAUGAAACAACGCAGCUGUAUUUCCAACGAACGCCUGAUUGUCAACUGAUUGGCAAGUUGUCAAUGCGGCGUUUUAACCUGUUUUGUAAUAUAAUAAUAAAAAGUAAUUAUAUUGUAACUUAUGACACAUUGUCUGGAAAAAUAGGACUACAGGUAAAACGCUGCAGCGCUAGCAGGUUUGCUGAGUUCAGAGCGAGGACUUCUCAGGUGGUUCCGCCUCGAACCAAACCGGAAACUCAACUUCUUGUUUUCUACUCGACAGUGAAAUUGUUAUUUCUUCAUGUUUAAUAUCGUAGAGAGGUUAAGUGAAUGUAUAGCAUCUUCCGAAAUAAGAAAACAUUUGCAGAUAUAUUUUUCUAAACAUGCAUUGUUCCUAUGCUAUGUUUUGUUGCCAUGCUUGUUAUUAAAACAUCGAGAAACAGAAAUAUGUAUCUCAUGUGAGAACUGAAGGCAUCGCCACCCCCAUGGGACAGAGAAGUUUGAGACACGUAACAUCUCCAAAAAGGUUUACAGGGACUCCUUAACGUUUCCAUACAAAAUUUCUCUACUCCUCAGUUUUUAAUGUUGCUAUAAACAUUUUCCAAAUUGGGUUUUAUAUUGACUACAUGUCAAAAUAACACAGUGCUGAAGUUGGUUUCCGAUUCAGCGUUGUAAAAGGUUAUAUCAGGUUUUGGCACCAGGAAAAGCAGCAAGAUUUUAUAAAAAGAAAAAAAAAGACCAGUCUGGAAUUUUAAGUCACAGUUUGAAAUCUGUAGUAUCUUCAUUUCACAAAAAUAAAUAAACAAAAUUGGUAAAUUGCUGCUAAUUACCCUACUCAAAAACUGGGAAUCCAGUUUAAAAGCAAGGAGCUUAAAGGUCGGGAGGCAAACAAACAGACAGCAACACAAUGUUCUUUAUUUGAAUGAGUGUGUUUCUCUAUCAGUGAGUAGGAAAGAAAUCUUGAGUUGUGGUGAACCCUUAGUAGUUAUCCAAGUAAGAAUCAACAGAAAAUAUUUAGUUUUUAUCAGUUUCUUUAAAACCUUUUUGAAACUAGAAUUCAUUUUGUCUUGGUAACCCAUUCUUUUUAGUAGCAUUUUCUAGUUACUCAGACUUAGAAAAUGCUAAAAAUCAUCUUCCAGUGUUAAACACUGUGUUGGAACGGUAAGGGUGGUAUUUACCUUUGCAUAUAUUGUUAUUAUAGUAAUUUGCAAUUGUGUUUUGCAUGUUAUGUUUUUAGAAAGCCUACAGGUAAAACCUUGUGCCAUAAAUUUGAGGUGCUUUUUUUUUUUUUUAGAAAGUUAAUUUCUUACACAUUUCAGGUAAAUUGUUUAGUUAUAAAGUGGAAGGCUUGUUUCUGUAAACCCUUUUGACAAACGCCCUGAGUAAAAAAAAAAUCAAAAUUGUUAGUGAAAUUACAGUCAGGUGUUCAAGAGUGUACUCCUGUACACCUGAAGCACUGGCAGUGAAAUGCAUGUUAAAACAUGUAAAUCCAGGCACUAGAAGGCCACAUGCCUAGAGCUCCCUCGUUAUCCAACGUUUCCACUGUUAAAGGCAGCUCUGUGCCAUCUCUCUCUGGGAUUUGCAUGGUAAACAAGGCUUAUUCUACAGCAAUGUUACAUAAUUCAACUGUUAAUCCAUAGGAAGAGAAGCGAAGCCAACAUAUUUUAGACAAUUCAAGAGAACAAACCAGGGCGUUGAGGAUGGAGAUUAAGAAACUUCAGCUGAAAUAUCCAAAACAAAACAGUCAAAGUAAAGAUUAGUACAGAUCCGAGUUGUAGCGUCACAUCAUGCCUUCCUCCUUCAGCUUCAUCUGUAUUCUGGAGUCAAAAAUCAAUCGGCCAGGCCCCUGAAACACAUUCGCCCUGGGUCCCUCGUUCUUCCAGACAUGGCGGAGGAUUGAGCGAGUCCGUGACUGUUCCUGAUGAACUUCAGACGCCUUCUUCCUUCAGUGAGGGGAAAACGCAGCUUCCCAGUGAGAGUCG